AAGGCUGCCCACCACACCAGGCUGCCCACCACACAAGACUGCCUACCACACAAGGCUGCCCACCACCACACAAGGCUGCCCACCACACCAGGCUGCAAGCAGUACCACGUGUUGCUUAAACAUUAUUGGUCUUUGGAUGUUAUGCAGACCUUGAUGCCAUUAUUGGGAAGGGGAACAUCUCCCAACAACGGGCACCUUCACAUGGAUCAGCAGUGCUCGCCUCCUCCUUAUUGAGAUUCUGUCAUGGUUUUUCACCAAAAACAACAAGAAAAUUUAACUGGAUGUUGUAAGAAUAUAUUUGCAAGUACCCCUAUGCAAAUAGCAUUUCUCAGUGCGUAGAGACGAUGUUUGUUUUAAUGGAACAAAGAGAUACUCAAUUUAUGGGUAAAGAUGAAAAAUCCGGGUCAUGUAAAGAUGCCUGUAACGUUGAAGGUAAAGAAAUGUGCUGCAGUGUUAGUGACAAUGACAGUUGUUGUGUUGAGCAUAAGAAGGAUAUCUCACUAAGGAAAGAUAAGGACUGUAAUGAAGCAGAUAAUGAUAUAUUAGGCUACAGAGUAGUAGAGAACCAUGCUUCUGACUCGUGCCUUACAGUUCGCAUUGCUGUGAAGAAGGGGAGUUCAACAAUAAUUCCUGAAGAUCAGAAGCCAUUUAAUGAUAUUACUCACGUAGAUGAUAAAGAGAGUGACCGGCUGACAAAGUACGGCAUAAUUCCCGGAUUGUGGAAACCAUCUAAACGAAGAAAACGGAACUUGUACGCAGAAAAGCGGAAAAAAAGCUGGCGGUUAGAGUGCAUGGUCCCAGGGUGCUGCACUAGAGCCUACACUAGUAGGUUUGUUAAAUUUCCUGAUGAGCUUGAGUGGAGAAUUAAAUGGGCCAGUAAAUCAAAAUUAAAUGAAAAGUUUCCUGAUGUGGACCCUAGAGAGGUUCUACCUAAAAGAAUUGGGAUCUGUAUGGCACACUUUAGGGAUGAUGAUUUUCAUGUAAUUUGCAGAGGGGAUGGAAAAGUGUGUAGACUUAAAAAAGGGGUUGAGCCCAGUAUUUUUCCUUGGGUUGAAGUGCCAUCAGAUGUUACUUCAGCGAUGAAACUCUUUGAAAAUACAAAAUUUAGCAGGGAGAUGAGAUUGCUAAAUUUGAUGAAAAAUGAAUUGCAUAAUAUGAUGAAUCCUCCCACUAGAUAUUGUAGCAUAAUUCCAGAACAUACGUUUAACCUCAAUGAAAAUAAUACCUUGAAAACUGAUGUACAUAGUAUAGAUUACAGAAACCUCCCAAAUGGGAGUAAAACUGUAGAAGCGAGUAACUACGAGCAAAGUUACCUGAGUGAAUGUAAUGGUGUCUUAUCAGAAGCAUCAGAUAUAGGGCAAAAUAAUCAAAAGUUUUGGAGCUCACCGCGAAGCAAGUUCAGGGAUCCAAUUAAUUACGAUGAAAGUAUUUUAAGAGAAGAGAUUGAAGAUUUAGAGGAUAAUGAAAGUACUUCCUAUUAUUUUUAUUCAGCAAGAAAAAAGAGAGCUAGAGAAAAAAUAUAUUCAGAGCCAAACAUCAUAAGUGAAAGAAGUAAUAAUAUUCUAAAAGAUUCUUCAAAGAUUGAUGAAAAUAAAAAAAUUCCUUACGAGCUCCCUAACCAUAGAAUAAAAACAGAUAUUUCCGAGUCCAGUAAUGCAAGGGAAGGUUGUGAAAUUGUCCAUUACCCUUCAGACCAGGGGGAAACGGAGGACAUGUUUGUAAAUUUACAAGAGGACAAAGUUAGGUUCCCACGUAAAUGUAAAUUAAAUAGUGGACUUUGUACUCCAUUGGAAGGUCAUGAAAUUGUUCAUUAUCCAUCAGACCAGGGGAACACUGAAGACAUGCUUGAAGAUUUACAAAACAAAGUUAGGUUACCACGUAAAUGUAAAUUAAAUAGUGGACUAUGUAAGCCAAAUAGUGGACUUUGUACUAUUCCAUUGGAAGGUCGUGAAAUUCUUCAUUACCCUUCAGACCAGAAGAACACUGAAGACAUACUUGAAGAUUUACAAGACAACAAAGUUAGGUUACCACGUAAAUGUAAGUUAAAUAGUGGACUUUGUACUCCGUUGCAAGGUCAUGAAAUUGUUCAUCAUCCAUCAGACCAGGGGAACACUGAAGACAUGCUUGAAGAUUUACAAGAGAGCAAAGUUAGGUUCCCACGUAAAUGUAAAUCAAAUAGUGGACUAUGUAAGUCAAAUAGUGGACUUUUUACUACUCCAUUGGAAGGUCGUGAAAUUUUUCAUUACCCUUCAGACCAGAAGAACGCUGAAGAUUUGAAAGAGAGUUCAGUUAGAUUCCCACGUAAGUCUAAGUUAAACAGUGGACUUUGUACUCCAUUUAUAGCUGAGAAAAAUAAUGGUAGAAUGUCACAGAAUAAAAAGUGCACAAAAAAAACAAAACAUUAUGACAAAAAGAAAAAAAGAAAGAAGCCAGUAAAUUUGAGCUGCAAUGAAGAGUAUGUUUAUGAUGUUAAAAUUGAAAACUGCGAAGUGGAAAUGCCUGAAGGUGAUUGCAAUAUUAAAGUGUCCGAUGGAAUUUUCUCUGAAAAUCAAGAAGAAAUGUGUGAGGAAUUUAAUCAUUUUCUUGCCCCAAUUUCAAAUGCAUUUUCUAAUGAACAUCCAUGUGAAGAUGUUCCUGGGUCUCUCAAUGCACAAAUGAUUGCAUCAUGUAUUGAAGUUGCCUUAAGUCCCGUGAUAGCCAAAUUAGAGCUGUUUCAAGGAAAGGUGGAAAGUUCGAUUGAACAGUUGGAAGGAAGAGUGAAUUCUCGUCUUGAAAAUCUAGAAGGAAGAGUUAGCUUGUGCUUGGAGAAACUUGAAAAUCUGAACAGCAGUGAUCGUGCUAAAGCUUCAAAUAUAUCUUCAGGUAUUUGGUUCAAUAGGUGUGAACAUAUAGCAGAAAAUUCCACUCUUUUAACCCCCUCAAAUGGUAUGGCAACUCCCGGUCAUUAUACAGAUGUCAGUCUCAAACCAUUUGCCAUCAGUGAAAAAGAAUAUGAGAUGAUGGAAGGAUAAAAAAGUGCACCUUGCAAAAACAUGUUAGCGUAAGUGAUAUAAAAUUGAUUGUUAAGUAAUGUUUUAGCUCUCUAAUUGAGUAAACUUAGUAAACCUCUCCAAAUUGAGUUACCAACGAGAUCGACAGGUUUAUCAGAAAAAUAGACCAUAAAGUUGACUAAGAGAAUAAAAUGCAGUGCAGUGCUCCUAAUAUUGUACUCCCAAGAAAUUUGUAUGUAUUUAGAGCUUGUAUUUAUGUUUUGUGUAGCUGUGCUACUGAGUUGGAAAAAUAAAUGCAUUGGACAAUGAAAGUCAUGGUUUAGAACAAGAAAAUGAGAUGCAGCCAGGAGUGGACAUACCUACCCUUUUGUAUGGUUGGGAAACAAAUCUGGCAUUAUCAGGAAAUAUCAAGUUAGAUAAGUUGCGAAGGACAGUCAGAUUUUGAGUUACAUUAGAGGAGCAUUAGAAAGAGAGAAACUAUUGUUACAGAGUAGUUAUAAACAACCUGAAGAUCAUGUUGUAUUAGAAAGAGAGAAACUAUUGUUACAGAGUAGUGAUGAACAACCUGAAGAUCGUGUUGUAUUAGAAAGAGAGAAACUAUUGUUACAGAGUAGUGAUGAACAACCUGAAGAUCGUGUUGUAUUAGAAAGAGAGAAACUAUUGUUACAGAGUAGUGAUGAACAACCUGAAGAUCGUGUUGUAUUAGAAAGAGAGAAACUAUUGUUACAGAGUAGUGAUGAACAACCUGAAGAUCGUGUUGUAUUAGAAAGAGAGAAACUAUUGUUACAGAGUAGUGAUGAACAACCUGAAGAUCAUGUUGUAUUUGGAGGGUAGAUAAAGAAGAAAAGGUUGAGAACACUUGAGAAUUAUUUGUCUUGAAUGAUUCAUUGUUGACAGCAUGGUAGUUUUUUGAGUGAAUAGCAUUCUGAGAAUAAAUGAAUAAGUGAAUUUGAGGGUCGAAUAAGGUUAAUAAGGCAAGUCAAAGAUGGGCUGAUAGUGUAAGUUUUUGGAUUGAAUGUGAACAAUGGAUAUUAAGUGUUGGGAAACAUGGCUGAGUGGUAACACUGCUAACAGGAAGUGAAGAUUUGAUUUUAUUUUUUAACAAGAAAGAAUAGGAAGAACUUUAUAUUUAGUCUAUGAACCAUUAAAGAUGAAACUGGGAAUGAUUUUCUAAAGUGUGGCAAUGUUCACAUUCACAAAGAAAUCACAUCAACAUUUUCUGUGGCACUGUUGGUUCUCUGAUGCUGGUCUGUGUGUGUGUGUAUGAUGAUGUGAAUGAAUGAGGAUAUCAUUUAUUUUUUUCUUUAGCCUUUUCUCCUUAUGUUGCGUGUUCCUGUCUUGAGGCAAAUGUCUUCCCACCUCAUGAAUGUGGAAAGAGCUGUGCUGAUGGAAGCAGUACUAAAUGAAAAGAAGUUGGGGAAAAGCAAUGUGUUUGGUAUUGUAUAACAAUAAAAUAUGGUAUUUUGUAGGAAAAAUACAUUAUGGACCAAUUAACAUAUGUCGAACAUUUAAAGAAUUAGUGACCAUACCUGAAAUAGUAAAUAAGAAUGCGGCGUGUGUGGUCUGUUAAAGAAAGAUAAAGUCAGUUUGAGAGAUUGUGGUAUGAAAUUUCAGCUUUUCUGGGAGGCUUUCUCAGUAGCUCCUUGGAACUCCUGCAAUAGCGUAGUGAAGCCUUAAGAAUUGACACCAGAUUUCAGAAACCUAUUCUUGCCUACUGAAAGCCAAGACUAGAAACAGCUCUCACCUUGGUUUUCUGGUCCCCAAAGUAGGUUCCUGAUCUCUUUUCUGGAGGGAUCAUCCUGUGGCUUCUUGAAGCUUUUUUUUUUUUAUU